UGGAGUAUCCAGAUUUUUGCUUUUCGUGGGACGGCAAGAAGAUGGAAAGAGAUGCAGAUAUCCUUGGAAAAUAUAGAACUGUAUCAAACAAAUUAAAAAAGAGAUUUCUGAAGAGACCGAAUGUUGCAGAAGGUUGUGAACAGUAUGGUGCCCUAGCUAAGACAUUGAAACAGCAAGAGUGCCCCCAGUAUGCAGCAUUUUGUCAUCUGGCUCAAGCUAGAUGUGAGCAUACCCUUGUGAACCCAGCGGGUGAGACUCAAGCCUUGGUUGAUGCUGCUAGGGAGUUCAUUAAGGCAGAAGUGGACAAUGUUGGUAUAAGAUGUCUCAGUUUCCAGGAACACCUGACUGCAGCCAUCAACUGCUAUAGUCAUGCUAUCAGGGUUCAUAUUGAGAACAAAAACAUGUCUCUUGCAGCAGCUUUGUGUUUAGAGUUAGGAAAUGCAUUACAGAAGUUGAACAAGCCAGGAGAAGCCAUGGCCCAUUUUCAGAGAGCAGCAGAACUACAGUCACAGAGCCCGCUAGAUUGUCUGGUGUCGCUGGGUCAUGUUGCUUCAUGCAAGAUUGAAACAAAAGACUAUGAUGGUGCCCUUGGUGUGUUUACAGAAAUGGCAUACCUAGCACAGGAAAGUGGAGGAUCCAGUGUGACAGGAAAGCCUAUUGGAGCUUACUGUGAUAUAUUGGCGAGGUGUGAAAUAACGAGGGUUCUGCUGUUGAUGCUUCUACAGCCAACACCACAAAGGAUCCGACCAGAACAUGCACAGACCCUGGAAAAGUAUGCUUGGGAAUCAUCUGAAGAUAAUACUAUUGCCCAGUUUUUGGAUGAAGAUGUAUUCCUUAUGCUUCAGUCAGUUGUGAUGGCAUGUCAGUCACAUGACAUAGAGGCGAUACAGGCAAUUCAGGUAGAACUGUGGCCGAUGUUGUCUGCGGAACAGAACGAACUCCUGCACCAUGUUAUACAGGAGCUAGCCCAUCCCUCUGGGGAAGGAUUGUAACUUAAUGUAGAUAUAACAUUGAAAUGUGCAAUACUUAUUCCCAAAACCAGUCAUUCCAGCUUAGUGUUAUAUGUAAACUCAAGUUAUCUUACUGAUAUAUAGAGAAUAUUUGUUUGUUUUUCACAAAAAUGUUACAUAUUUCAAGCCGACUGUGAGAUAAUUCAUUUCUGUAUUUUCUUGAAUGCGAAGCGCAAGUGGAUACAUGAAAGUUUUCUGACUUUGAGGUGAUAUAUAUUCCAUGUUUUGUAAAAAGAAACAAAUUUGUUCAGUUUUUGUUAAUUGAUGAAAAACAAGAAGAAAAUUAAACAAGAACUCUUUUACUCAAGGUGUAAGUAUUUCAUCAUUUGGCAUGGAAUAAAAAUAUUUACUUUAAACACUGUGAAAUCAUGAAUAUUUGUGGGGACAAAUUUUUUGUGCAGUUUGAGGUUUUGUCAAUUUAUUACAUUACAUCUCAACAAAAAAAAUAACUCUCACAUUCAUUUUAUCUUCAAAGUUGUAAAUCCAGGAAUUUUUAUUGAAUUAUAUGAAACAGCCAUUUUUGUUAAAACCAAAAAAUCUGUUCCUGCAAAAUUUAAUGGUUUCACAGUAGAAGUGUAUUCAUACUUGAUGUAAAAAUAUAUGCAGACACUGAUUGUCAUGGGAAAAAUGGGUUAGAGAAAUAGAGCCUUUUACACUAAGCCUAAAUCAUCUUCAAAUGAAAGGAUAUUUUGUAUUGUAAAUGGGUAAUUGUUGUGUCUCUUAUUUCACAGUUGGAUAGACUUCACAGUUGGAUAGACAAGAGAAAUAUUUAUUUCACAGUUGGAUAGACAAGAGAAAUAUUUGUUUAUGAUUCAUGUUAAGUUGGUUAUCUUCUUGCCUCGUGUUCACAGAACAUUUUCAGUCACCGCUUAGUUGGAUAUUGACACUUUAUUUAUUAUUUAUAUCAAAAUUGCAUGUUUAGAAUUUUAUAUUACAUUACUGACUAUUCAGUACUUAUGAUCAGUCUCAUUUGAAAUUGAAUCUUAAAGCUCCAGUAAAAUUUGCUGUUAGAAUUUCAGUCUCGUACGCAGUUUAGACUGAAUAUGUUUUAUGAGGCAGUGAUGCUUAAUAUCCAUAUGAGUUUUGAAUUUAUGUGUCACUGCAAAUUUCAGCAAAUAUUGAACCAUUGCAGAUAUUUCCAUAGUUACAGUAUAAUUAUAUUGUUCUAAAAUUAAAUUAUCAAAAAAUGUUUAGGUUUUAAAGCAGAGGUGCAGUUGUUAGAUGUAUCAUGGUUUUUAUCAUAUAGAAAGUUUGAUCUGCUGAUGAAGUAUUUAUCAUUAAGGUAAGUGUUCUAGGUAAAUGGCCAAAACUUGGUCCAUGCAUGUGCACUGGGAGGAUCAGAAAUCCAUAGGCAAUACCAAACAGAAUAUAAAUACAUUCUUUUAAAUGGUUUAUUAUUUAUAGUGCCUAAAACAAGUCCUACAUAUCAUUCAAAACAGACACAUUUUAAAUUAUGAACAAUGAAAGCUGUGUGCUUUAGCAUCAAUUGCAUGUACUUCAGGGCUGACUCAAGCAGUUCUAAAAGUCUCUGGUCAGUUUCUGUCAGCACCAGGUGUCAACACCUGUCUGUGUUUGGAUUGUUCUAAACACGGGGUAACAAGAAUAAAUGCAUGUAAAUUAACACCUGGGAGUGUUUUUUUCAAUGUUCAAAAAAGUAUAUACUGUGGUAUAUGAAAGUAGUUUGGAUUCAAUAGGUGUGUCUUUAGUGCAUUCAGUUGUGAACAGUGAAAUGCUGUUGAUGAGUGUAGGACAAAAUCCCCUGUGGACCCCCCUUCGCUUAUUUUUGCAUACUGUGAAAUCAUUAAUAUUCGUGGGGGACUAAUUUUCUUGGGUUUCGCGGUUGAGUCAAUCCGCGAAAUUUAAUCAGAUCAUUUUCAUCAUCUGUAGAACUCAGUGAUACAGUAUAGUGAAUUUGAAUUUUGUAUAGUGAUUUUGAAACAUUUGUCUUAUUUAUGUUUGUCAAUACCACCAUCUAUAGCACAUCAAGAAAUUGAAUAAUUAUUCAAAACUUAUUUAUCCAAGUUCUUAUCAUUCAGAAUAUUUGCUUAAUUAUGUCUCCCCCAGGAGACAUAUUGUUUUUGCCCUGUCCAUCCGUCCGUCCGUACGUCACACUUCAUUUCCGAGCAAUAACUGGAGAACCAUUUGACCUAGAACCUUCAAACUUCAUAGGGUUGUAGGGCUGCUGGAGUAGACGACCCCUAUUGUUUUUGGGGUCACUCUGUCAAAGGUCAAGGUCACAGGGGCCUGAACAUUGAAAACCAUUUCUGAUCAAUAACUAGAGAACCACUUGACCCAGAAUGUUGAAACUUCAUAGGAUGAUUGAUCAUGAAGAGUAGAUGACCCCUAUUGAUUUUGGGGUCACUCCAUCAAAGGUCAAGGUCACAGGGGCCUGAACAUUGAAAACCAUUUCCGAUCAAUAACUAGAGAACCACUUGACCCAGAAUGUUGAAACUUCAUAGGAUGAUUGGUCAUGAAGAGUAGAUGACCUCUAUUGAUUUUGGGGUCACUCCGUCAAAGGUCAAGGUCACAGGGGCCUGAACAUGGAAAACCAUUUCCGAUCAAUAACUAGAGAACCACUUGACCAAGAAUGUUGAAACUUCAUAGGAUGAUUGUACAUGCAAAGUAGAUGACCCCUAUCGAUUUUGGGGUCACUCCAUUAAAGGUCAAGGUCACAAGGGUCUGAACAUUGAAAACCAUUUCCGAUCAGUAACUUGAGAACCACUUGACCCAGAAUGUUGAAACUUAAUAGGAUGAUUGGUCAUGCAGAGUAGAUGACCCCUCACGAUUUUGGGGUCACUCUGUGAAAGGUCAAGGUCAUAGGGGCCUGAACAUUGAAAACCAUUUCCGAUCAAUAACUAGAGAACCACUUGACUCAGAAUGUUGAAACUUCAUAGGAUGAUUGGUCAUGAAGAGCAGAUGACCCCUAUUGAUUUUGGGGUCACACCAUCAAAGGUCAAGGUCACAGGGGCCUGAACAUUGAAAACCAUUUCCGAUCAAUAACUAGAGAACCACUUGACCCAGAAUGUUGAAACUUCAUAGGAUGAUUGGUCAUGUAGAGUAGAUGACCUCUAUUGAUUUUGGGGUCACUCCGUCAAAGGUCAAGGUCACAGGGGCCUGAACAUUGAAAACCAUUUCCGAUCAAUAACUAGAGAACCACUUGACCCAGAAUGUUGAAACUUCAUAGGAUGAUUGUACAUGCAAAGUAGAUGACCCCUAUCAAUUUUGGGGUCACUCCAUUAAAGGUCAAGGUCACAAGGGUCUGAACAUUGAAAACCAUUUCCGGUCAGUAACUUGAGAACCACUUGACCAGAAUGUUGAAACUUAAUAGGAUGAUUGGUCAUGCAGAGUAGAUGACCCCUCACGAUUUUGGGGUCACUCUGUGAAAGGUCAAGGUCACAGGGGCCUUAACAUUGAAAACCAUUUCGGGUCAGUAACUUGAGAACCACUUGACCCAGAAUGAUGAAACUUCAUAGGAUGAUUUGUCAUGCAGAGUAGAUGACCCCUAACGAUUUUACGGUCACUCUGUUAAAGGUCAAGGCCACAGGGGCCUGAACAUGGAAAACCAUUUCCAAUCAAUAACUUGAGAACCUCUCGACUCAGAAUGUUGAAACUUCAUAGGAUGAUUGUUCAUGCAGAGUAAAUGACCCCUAUUGUUUCUGGGGUCACUCCGUUAAAGGUCAAGGUCACAGGGGCCUGAACAUUGAUAACCAGUUCCGAUCAAUAACUUGAGAACCACUUGACCCAGAAUGUUGAAACUUUAUAGGAUGAUUGGUCAUGAAGAGUAGAUGACCACUAUUGAUUUUGGGGUCACUCCGUCAAAGGUCAAGGUCACAGGGGCCUGUUCAUGUAAAAUCAUUUUUUGGAAAUAACUUGAGAACCACUUGACCUACAAUGUUGAAACUUAAUAGGAUGAUUGGACAUGCAGAGUAGAUGACCCCUAUUUAUUUUGAGGUCACUUGAUCAAAGGUCAAGGUCACAGGAGCCUGAACAGUGACUUGAGAACCACUAGGCCAAGAGUGUUGAAAUUUAGUGGGAUGACUGGACAUGCCAAGUAGAUGAUCCCUAUUGUAGCCAACCAUCAGUGUCUCUUUGACUUUCGCUCCUGACCCCUAUUGACUUCUUGCCUAUAGGAUUUUGCAUUGGGGGAGACAUGCGCUUUUUUACAAAAGCAUUUUCUAGUUAAUUCUAGUGAAAGGACUGUCGGAUGUCUGUGUAAUUUGCCAUCACAGGUUUCCUUUUCCAGUUUAAAUUCCAGGUCUGGUAAAAUUCAUUUGUGCAACUGGUUCUGACCUAAUUCGUAGUCCUCUAGGUUUAUCUUACAGUAAACUGUGCAGGGCCCUCCUUGUAUCCAGUUACCUUCUAUUGAAGUAGGUAUAGCACAGUCAACAUAAUAAAUUAUGUGAACAAGUUUUGACUGGAGUUAUUAUAAAGCAAAUAUUCAUGGUAAAAGAAUGAAUACUGUGUAUUAUUCAAAUAAAUUAGAUAAUUAAUCAAUUUCAAUCCUGUAGAUAGCUCUAAUUUAUUUGUCAUAGUUCUCAUUUUCUGCUUCAUCUGAGCUUUCCAGCUUUCCAGACUUUUUAAUGUUACUUGAUGGCUUCAGUAUGUGGCGGAUUACAGUUCUUAUCUCAUCUAAUGUACAAUAUUUCCACUGCUCUUUAACACAGUCUGGAUAAAUAUAAAUAUUACAAUAUUAUAAUUAAGAAAUAACCAAGGCCUUCAAGUGGUUAGUCAGAGUUCAGAUGCGCAAAGAUGGAACCACUAGGGCAUUAACCCGAAAGUUAAAACAUCUUAGUAUUUGAAUGGUGGUUUAUACGAUAAACCACAAGAAAGCCUUGAUUGUUUUCAUUCGUACAUGUUCAUUGAAAUAUUUUAGUAAAAAUUAUGCUGGAUUUCAUUUAUAAGAGCAGUAAAGAACUGGAAGCCAAGCGGCAAUUUGAUUAAUUGGUGUCAUUAUGCUCUCUUGCUGUCAACUGUUGUUUGUUGCAGAAUAUCCUUCCUUGUUAGCUUAUCUAUACAGAGUAAUGGAUAGAGAGCUAUCCUACUCGACCCAGCGUCUGCAUCUUUCAUGGUUCCUAAUGUUAGACACUAUUACCUUAGUGUACACCUAAGAAAUUGAUGGUGUCGUACUUGAUUGCGGCAUAAGCGCCAGCAAGUUUUGUACUGUCGCGUAGUUCUUCAUCAGUGCCGACCCAGCUUCAGGGGUCCUUUCAAGGUACACAGACAAAAACUGUGUGUGCAUUAUGCCAUGCCUCCAUCGUCUUUAUGUCGUCUGUGUCUUUCUUCUCUAUUGUCAUGGAACCAUCUGGAUGGUGCUUCUUGGUCAAGGUACCAGACUCUUUAGAAGCAAUCAAACGUGAUAAUGGAAAGUACUGGUCCCCCUAAACCUUUGCCUUAAGCUCUAGGUCAACACCCUUACUUAGGGCAAUACCUCUCAAGUUUGUCAGGCUGCUGGGUUCUAACAUCACUGGUGGUGGAUUGUCGGUUGUUCCCUCGACUGUAUUCCCCUGUAUCUGUAAUUGGGAUGUCCUAGGAUCUUGUGGACUGGUCCUGGUGCUGCUUGUAGUAGCUUGCCUAGACUCUUCUGUACUUAUGUUUGAUAUAAACAUAUUGAAUGAUAUUAUUUGACUAUUUAUUUGUUUGCCAUUACCUUUUAAAAAAUAUAAUUCUAUUACAUGCGGAAAAAAAUGAGUACCCAGUAAUUGUGGCUGGAAAAAUAUCUAGCAACAGAUAUGGUAUAUUAAAAAUACAAUGGUUAGCAACAACUUCGCAUGUAAUUUAAUAAGCAAAAAAUGCAGGCAUAAUUUCUUAAAAUAAUCAGUUCUAAAAUAGAUGAAUUAAAAUUUCUUCUCGUCAGUGACGAUUGUGUGUAAAAUUAAUUGAAAUGAUAAUCCAAGCUAAGCUCUAUACAUGUGCAAAAAGUCUGAACAUAACCAAAAUCAUGAAUUACGUCUGUGUAUUGUGCUAUUUUUUUAACCUGUCAAAUGUGCAUACAUUAUAUGUUCUGUGCAUUUGAUAUUAUAAUAUUCGGCCAAACUUCAGUGCUAUCUGUAUGUUUUACGGAAAGAAAUUUUGGUUAAGUGUCUAAAUAUCAUUAUUAGUAUUGUAAUUGAAACACGUUCUCGUUGUUCGUAUCAGUGGCUCAGUGGUUACAACGCAUGGUUCGUAUGCAGGAAAUUGCUGGUUAGAGCCCAAAAGCUAGAACAUCUUUUAAAAUGGUUAAUUGAUUUAUAUGUUUUAAAUUACAAAGGGACGGGUGAAAAUUUAAAUUCACGGGCUUCACAACAAAAAAAAUGUUUCUUACUGAAUUUUUAGCGAUCCAAACUGAUUGAUGAAUUUAGCUAGUUGUAAUUUUUAUUUAUGAAAUUUGUAAUGUACUGAAAUGAACUUUGAAUAAAAAAUAAAAAAAAAAUAAAGAAAAACUGAGAAAAUUAGAAAGAGAUAAAAAUAAAAAAAUACGUGUAAAAUACAAUGAAGAAAAUAUUGAUAAAAAUGUACAUGUACAGUGGUUGUUGAAAUUUGUGAGAAAAAAAGACAGACACUGAACGGUUUUGAUCUUACGACCUCCAGGUUUCAAGGUAUUGACAAUGACCACAGAGCUAUUUUGACUUCCGUACAUCCAUAUACACGCUUUAAAUAUUAACCACUUUAAUUGCCAUGAAAUCAUUAUACAUUUGACAGUUCAAUAAAAUAGAACAAGAUAAGUUCCUCUUGUAUACAAAAACAUUUGCAAAUGUCCAAGAUGGUCAUGUAAUUGUACAACAAUGGCAUCUAAAAAAUCUGUGUCGCAAUCCAAAAGAAAUUUCGCUGCUAGCUCAGUUCUGUAAUCCGCCAUUAGCACACUGCGCUUCCACGGCUUCAUGAACUUGAUCGUGAAUGCUGUGUUUUGAAUUAUUACAUGAUGCAACGAGAGACAAAGGAUUGCUUUUGUAAAUACAAGUUGCAAUGUACUACAGAUGAAUCGAAAUCUAUUUAAAUUAAUUAUCUUGAAAGCAAAGUAAGCUCAUAAUCAUUUAAUUAAAUGAAAUGAUAAUAACAGGAGCUGUCACUGAUUCUCGAACACAUUAUGUUACCACACAUAUGAAAACCUUUCUUCAUAAGGGAUAGCAUAAACUACACUUUAUGUGUUAAACACAUCGAAUGAUGGUACUCCAUAAAUUAUGGUAAAUGUACGUCCAGUCUCUCUCGUUUAUGCGGACGCCAUCCCUCUGCAGGAGCUCAUUUCGCAGACCAUGAAAAUGUCUCAGUGUCCAGAAAGAAACAUGUUGCAGAUCAUGCAAAUCAUUUCGCAAGAUUUCGUUACACCGUGUAACCUUUUCAUGAUAGACUGUCGUAUCCACAUGUCUAGUCCUUUGUCUUUAAAGCAGUUGGACAACAAAGUGCUUUAGCUGGUACCGCGAUUGUAGAUCAGUUGCUGUAGCAAUUAACAAGCUGGCUACCUCUUCUGCUGAUUUGCUAGCGAGAUAUGGAGUGUCCAAAUCAUUGCCACCAAUGCAUAGAAUUACAUAAUCCGAGCGUGAAUGCCGAACUUGUCUCAUAAACAUCCGUGUCACAAAUGGAUUGGUCAAGCAUUACUACAGUCCUUUCUGGUGUUCAACCAUUGGGGAACUAACAAUCUCUAAUUAUAAGUAGAAAACAAAUUUACACUUGUGUGCCAAGAAGAUGGUAUUAACACCACCAAAAAUACCAUCCAGUGAUGGCCAAGGUCCUAUCACAUCAACGAUUGCCACAGUCAGUAGUGAUAACUGCAUGCUGAAUUUCCUGAAAAAAUGAAAUUGCACUCAACGAAAUACUCUUUUAGUAAUACCACAUUAUUAUAUUUACAUUCACUCUAUUCAACUCUGUUGUAAGUACUAUUAUUCCCCGAGGUACUUUUGUGGUGUUUUCUCUCAACAUCCCCAGAACCUGAGGAUUUUUCUUCAUCCUUUUUACUGUCCAUUGUGAUAGUACCUAUCACUGGAUGAUGCAACUUCGUACCAUGUGCAAAGACAGAAAAACGUGAAAUUCUCGAAGAAAAAUAAACUACUUCAGAAAAGGACGUAACUAUACGUAGAAACAAUCAAGUCUCGACCAAAAACACUAAAAACACUAAUUUCUAAAGACUUUUAAACCACUUAAAUGUUAGAUUUAUUCACAACCGCGUUGAAAAAAUCUAGACCAUCUGCCAUGCGGUAAACACACUGAUGCGCAUGCGUGGAACACAAUCUCAUUUAAUGACGAAAAUAAUUUUGAACAAAAUAGAAUUAAAAUUGAACUUCAACUUCCAAGGUAAGUCUCGUUUAAUUUUGCAAUUAUGCUGUAAAUCCGUAUGAACAGCAAAAGGAAAAGCGCCUAAAUUGCGACAGUACUGCUUUAUGAUAACAGGCUGCCAUUUUUAAAAUAUCCACGUAUAGUUAGUGAGAACAUUCUUUAUAUGACGUUGAAUUUGUUCUGUCUUUUGAACAGAAGGGCCAGGAAGCUGAGCUUACUUCCAAUGCAACAAAAUGUGAGCAAUUUAUAAUAUACAUGUGUUUAUAAAUGGAACAACAGAAUAGGAUUGGCAAAUUUGAUUUGAAUCACUAGCAGGAUUCAUGGAUUUGCCUAUCAUGUUCUAUCAUUCAUUUUGCAUAAACACCAAAAAAAGGAAAAGUCAUCUUUUAAAUAAAUACAUUUGCAUGCAAUUUAAUUUGCACUUGUUAUUAAGCAAUGUUACUUUUAUCAUAAGCAUAUAAUUAUCACAUUAAUAUUGAAAAAAAAACUUCCUAUCUUCCUUUACUAGUCUUGAUAAAAAACUUUAGUGCACCAAGAUCAUAAUGUCCAUGUCUUUUCCAGGUCACUGGAUUUCCGUGGCACAUUGCUUGAUGCAUUGUACCUCUCAGCCACUACUUUCCAUACUGUUUUCAUAGUAAGGCUUGUAACAUCUGCAAUUUAUCAUAACACAUAAUUUUGAACUACAAGCGAAUAAAUGUAUUUUAAGCUUAACAACUAUGGGCAUUUCCACAGGCUCUGUAUAUUUUUGGGCACAACAUUAGCCAUAAUGAUAUGUAUGUGACAUCCUGUGCAGAGUGCUUUAUAUAUUUCAAAUCAAAGAACCUGGGAAGGUCUCUGAUAUAUCACAGCUAAUUUUUGUUGCAAGUUUGACAUAACUGAUUUUUAGCUCAUCUGAUUUUUUGAAAAAAAAUGAUGAGUUAUUGUCAUCACUAGAGCGGUUGUCGGCGUCGGCGUUGCCUGGUUAAGUUUUAUGUUUAGGUCAACUUUUCUCCUAAACUAUCAAAGCUAUUGCUUUGAAACUUGGAAUACUUUCUCACCAUCAUAAGCUGACCCUGUAUAGCAAGAAACAUAACUCCAUCCUGCUUUUUGCAAGAUUUAUGGCCCCUUUUGGACUUAGAAAAUAUCAGAUUUCUUGGUUAAGUUUUAUGUUUAGGUCAACUUUUCUCCUAAACUAUCAAAGCUAUUGCUUUGAAACUUGGAAUACUUGUUCACCAUCAUAAGCAGACCCUGUACAUCAAGGAACAUAACUCCAUCCUGCUUUUUGCAAGAAUUAUUGACCCUUUUGGACUUAGAAAAUCAGUUUUCUUGGUUAAGUUUUAUGUUUAGGUCAGCUUUUCUCCUAAACUAUCAAAGCUAUUGCUUUAAAACUUGCAACAGUUUUUCACCAUCAUAAGCUGACCCUGUACAGCAAGAAACAUAACUCCAUCCUGCUUUUUGCAAGAUUUAUGGCCCCUUUUGGACUUAGAAAAUAUCAGAUUUCUUGGUUGUUUUAUGUUUAGGUCAAUUUUUUCUCUUAAACUAUCAAAGCUAUUGCUUUGAAACUUGCAACACUUGUUCACCAUCAUAAGCUGACCCUGUACAGCAAGCAACAUAACUCCAUCCUGCUUUUUGCAAUAAUUAUUGCCCCAUUUGGACUUAGAAAAUCAUUUUCUUGGUUGAGUAUUAUGUUUAAGUCAACUUUUCUCAUAAACUAUCAAAGCUAUUGCUUUAAAACUUGCAACAGUUUUUCACCAUCAUAAGCUGACACUAUACAUCAAGAAACAUAACUCCAUCCUGCUUUUUGCAAGAAUGAUGGCCCUUUUUAGACUUAGAAAAUCAUGGGUAGGACAAUAUUUCUAUUAUACAAAAAAAAUCAGAUGAGCGUCAGCACCCGCAAGGCGGUGCUCUUGUUACACAUUUUAUUUCUUAAUUCAUUAAAAAACUAAUAAAUAUCAAAACAUAUAUAUACCUACACUUAUAAGGUAGAUUAAAUUAUUUUUACACACCAUCUUACAUUGGUCAUUAAUAUGUAUCCUUAUCAUAGACAUAUAACGAAACAUUUUUUCUUGUAAGUUGUUUGAUAAGAAGGAUCGCAUUAAAAAGUUAAGUUAAUCUUCUGAUGCAACAGCUUCCACAAAACCAUCAAAUUCACGAUGAUAAAAGUAUCACUUUCCUGUCUUGUUUUCCAAAAUUUGUUGCCUGUCUUUAGGACUAUCACUUGGUGAAGCAGCAUCCAUUAAUCUGCCCGACUCUGAAUCAGUUUUGUUUAUUACUUGUUUUGGUAGCAAAUGAUCUGCUAAUACCUUUUCUUUUUAGCUCACCUGUCACAAAGUGACAAGGUGAGCUUUCGUGAUCGCGCAGCAUCCGUCGUUGGUGCGUGCGUGCGUAAACUUUUGCUUGUGACCACUCUAGAGGUCACAUUUUUCAUGGGUUCUUUAUGAAAGUUGGUCAGAAUGUUCAUCUUGAUGAUAUCUAGGUCAGAUUUGAAACUGGGUUACAUGCGGUCAAAAACUAGGUCAGUAGGUCUAAAAAUAGAAAAACAUUGUGACCUCUCUAGAGUCCAUACUUUUGAAUGGAUCUUCAUGAAAAUUGGUCAGAAUGUUCACUUUGAUGAUAUCUAGUUCAAGUUCAAAACUGGGUCACGUGCCCUCAAAAACUAGGUCAGUAGGUCAAAUAAUAGAAAAACCUUGUGACCUCUCUAGAGGCGAUAUUUUUCAUGGGAUCUGUAUCAAAGUUAAUCUGAAUAUUCAUCUUGAUGAUAUCUAGGUCAGAUUCGAAACUGGGUCAACUGCGGUCAAAAACUAGGUCAGUAGGUCUAUGUCGUCCAUGUGUAAACUUUUGCUUGUGACCACUCUAGAGGUCACAUUUUUCAUGGGAUCUUUAUGAAAAUUGGUCAGAAUGUUCAUCUUGAUGAUAUCUAGGUCAAAUUCGAAACUGGGUCAUGUGCGGUCUAAAACUAGGUCAGUAGGUCUAAAAAUAGAACUUUUGCUUGUGACCACUCUAGAGGUCACAGUUUUCAUGGGAUCUUUAUGAAAGUUGGUCAGAAUGUUCAGCUUUAUAAUAUCUAGGUCAAGUUCAAAACUGGGUCAUAUGCGGUCCAAAACUAGGUCAGUAGGUCUAAAAGUAGUGAAACUACAUGGUGGUUUUCAAUGAAACUUAGCCACAAUGAACUGGGUUGCAUGUGGAAAGGUGAGCGAUUCAGGACCAGCAUGGUCCUCUUGUUCUAUAACUGAUGGUUUAAAUCUGUUAUAAAUUUCACAUUUCUUGCUGUUGCCAUGUGACCUUUUCACAUUCAAGAAGUUUCCCAAGUACAUGUAUUGAACAACACCGUCUCUGCACAUGUUAUUACAGUGAUAUAGUUUGGAAACGAUUCUUGUAAUUUUACCCAAUUUCCCACUCUUCUUAUUUUGAAUAAUUCCCUGAUCUAGUGGCUGAAGCUUUGAUGUUGUGUUUGCACUGGGAGGUACACCAACUUCACAUUUGAUAACUUCAUUCAUGAGGAUGCAACAGGGCGUUAUCCAGCAGUAAUGGCACAUUAGGCAUGUUUCAUUCUCAGAUAUUCAUAAAACUAGUGUAACGUGUCGCGGGUUUGUUGUAAUGUGUACUAGCAAACAAGUCAAUAUAAUUAACACAGAAUAAUAGAACAACAACUCAGAGUACACAGUAUCUAACGACUGUUAGAUAAUGAUUGAUUUAUGAUGUACAUAUGGUUAUAUGUGCAAGAUAGUCUGUAUGGGAGAUUGCUGAGAGGUGAAGGAAGGCAAAUGUGAUGACUUGUUAAAUACACUAGAUUGUCUUUUAAAGAUUACUAUUACACUUUACAGAACAAGAGGAAUCUGCCCGAAAGAUGAUGUUCUACCAAAAUUAAUUAAUAGUUCACGGAUCGCAUCUAAAUACAUGUCUAAACUGACAUCAGAUAGAUGUAUGCCGUCAUCCCUAAAAAAUCGUGGAGUUUGUUCAUCAAUGUCAACCUUUAACAUGCUAAACUUUUUUGAUAAUACUUUCCUUACGCAUUUUCUACCGAACUGGUUUAUUCUUUUUCUUUUCUUUUCUAUAGCAGUUUUUCCUUUUCUGUAACCCCCCAAUUUAAUCUCGAUAAAAUGUCUAUACAGACGUAAUGUGAAUCUUGAAAUGCCCUCUCCACGUAUUCAAUGCUGUCUUGAAUCAUUUUGAAGAAAUAUCGUAGAGAAUGUUUUGCUACAUCAUUACCUCCUAAGUGAAACAACAAUACCUUAGGUGGUGGACGAAAGAGAACUGGAAGUUGUACACAAUGUAUAAAGUCGGUCCACCCCAGACCACGAAUUCCCCACCAUGCUAUCUUAUGUGUGCCCGGCAACUUCAAAUUGACUAUGUUUCUUGAUUUUGCCCUUUUGCCGGCCCAAAAGGGGAUGGAAUCUGCUAACAACCAAAUCUCUCUUUCUUCAGACGAAUUAUCUUCGAAAGAAUGCCGCUGAGCUUUAUUUGGCUGUCAGCCUUGCAUUUCUGCCCCCUUUCACUUUCCUCUGCGCACACCUGCCACGUACUGACAUUGCCUUUGUUUAAUUUCGUAUCCAGUGCGGACUAAGAAAGAGGCAGAUUAAUUAUAUACAAGUCUUUUAUAUAUUACUUACACAACAUGAUUUUAACUCCACGAAGAGCAGUAGGCUGUGAAAUACACUACUACGAUUAAGGCCAGACUUAACUUUUAUAGAGUACUGGUUCUAAAUUUGCCAGAAUAAAUGAGAUUAAUAUUAAAGAUUAAUCUGUAUUACUAUAAUACAAAGGAACUAUCAAUUUGCUAAGACAUGGAAAAGACCAGUGAACAAAAUGACCAGAGAAGAAACUGAUACAAAGAAACAUGCAUUACGCAUAACGAUAUGUGACUUAAACAUAUUUGUAAGUAUACUUAAUUUAUGACAAAACAUUUCUUUAAGAAUAUAUCACCGUUUUGGUCUACUACCAGUAGUAACAAUUGAUUCAUUGAAUUUGCUUUAGCAUAUCUCAACAUUUCAGUAUACUGACUGGAGUAAUCAUCAAUUAAUGAUAUCUGCAUGGACAAGGUACUGUUUAUCAUUAUUUUAUUACUUUUUCUUUGGGAUAAUAAGAACUGCUUAAGUCAGCUUUCUUAUAGGAAAGGUAACAAUAACAUGAUAUUUUGCAAACUAUACUGAUUUAUUCAUUUAGGAUUCUUCUGGACUCUAUAAGAGUCAAUAACCAAUUCAACUUUAAUGAAUCAAUCAAAUUUGCAUGAAAAGAAAAGGAAAGAAAAACAACAGCAAAAAAUAUCAACAACAAAAAGACACAACAAAAUAAUUGUUCAAGUCAAAAGAGGCAGAAGCACCUGUGUGAGGGCUUCUGCUGGCGGACUUGAUAAAAAUGUCUAACUACAAAUAGAUAUUUACACUGAGCUACAAGGUGUAGAGAUGUUUUUAUUUGAAGAAUUGGAAUAAAAUUUCCUGAAGUUGUUGCCAAAUAUCUUGAUUAGUUCUUGAAUUGUUCACUUUUUGUAUGUACUUUUUAAUUCCUUUUACUUGUGUUAUGUCAAUCUUUUUUUUUAGCUCACCUGUCACAUAGUGACAAGGUGAGCUUUUGUGAUCACCCUUCGUCCGUCGUCAGUCCGUGCGUCAACAAUUUCUUGUCUGCACGAUAGUGGUUUCAUUUAUGAUUUUAUUUUAACCAAACUUGCACACAACUUGUAUCACCAUAAGAUCACAGUUCCUUUCUUGAACUGGCCAGAUCCCAUUAUGGGUUCUGAAGUUAUGGCCCCUGAAAGGGCCAAAAUUAGCUAUUUUGACCUUGUCUGCACAAUAGCAGCUUUAUUUAUGAUUUGAUUUUUACCAAACUGGCACACAACUUGUAUCACCAUAAGAUCUUAGUUCCUUUCUUGAACUGGCCAGAUUCCAUUAUGGAUUCCAGAGUUAUGGCCCCUGAAAGGGCCAAAAUUACCGUAGAUACCCGUGUAUAAUGCGCACCCCCGAUCUUAGUCCAAAAUCCUGGGGGAAAAAAAAAAAAAAAAAAUUUUUUUUGGUCAAUUUUGAGGUGGAUGGAAAACGAAAGUAGAGUUUACAUCGACACCGGUAAUAAAUUUUAUCUCCACGGCGGAGAGCAGCAUCGGCCUCAUGGUACUAUCGAUUUUUGUUUUCUCGAAAAUAAAACCAGUAAAUUAUUGUUAUAUUUGUUGUUUUACCUUUUUUAAUUCACUAUUUUGAAUAAAUAAAUAGCAGCUGAUUCAAUAUUUCGGAAUGGUAUCUUUCAAAAUGACAUGAGCUUCUCAAUUUAAACUGAUACCAAAAGGUGUGAUAGUCUUUUUGUCGCGAUCAUAAAGCCAGUAAUUACCGGCAAUCAACGUGUCACCUCGUGUCAAUUAUGUUGUUCACAGUUUGAUCUCGGUUAAAGAUAAUUCUCGAUCUUUAAUUAGUAACAUAAUUUUUGUGAUUUAUAAACAUUUCUUUCGUCAAAAUACUUUUAAAUUUAUAUGAAAUUAAUUUUGUUUGAAAGAAAAAUAAACAGUUCGAUCUUUUACGGAACGUAACGGCAAUCCUAGAUUUUAGCGGAGACAGUAAGCGCGGGGAGUAGUUUCCCUUUACCAAAAUGGCGAACAUCGGUAACAAACUUGUUUUGAAGUUGGAAAAUUGUCUAUACCUGUGUAUUAUGCGCACCCACGAUUCGGGGGUGGUCCCGGGGGUCAAAAAACUGCGCAUUAUACAUGGGUAUCUACGGUAAGUCCUAUAGGACUUAUUUGAAAUUUCAUUAUUGUUAUGAGUUGGACUGAGACAAUCAGGGUAGAUAACUAUGGACUGAUUUUAUGUCAAAUUACCUCCCUUUAUUUCAAAUUAAAAUGGGUAUAUCUCCGUAACUAAUGAAGAUACUGAUCUGAAAUUUCAUUAUGUCAGAGAUUUAUUUGGCAGAUCCUUCUUUUGUUCACUUACAAUAUUUUUUUUUUAUUAUUACUUCCCUUUUACGUUACUAUAAAUAGCUUAUUUUUAGUAACUUUUUUAUUAUUGGCCAUAGGGAAAAACCGAGACCAUUUUUCUGUGGUACAACAUGGAUGAUACCUCCAAUUUUUAGGUGUAUUUUGACAUAUCUAUACCUUGUAAGAAUUUUUUUUUUCUUUUUGGUUAAAUUUCUUCCCUUUGUUGUUCCUGUCCUUUGGACUGAGAUAUCUUUUCUGAGGACCUUCUUGUCCUCAAGUGCAAUGAUAACAGGUGAGCGAUAUAGGGCCAUCAUGGCCCUCUUGUUUUUUUGUUUUUUUUAAGCUACAGUCACACAUACGGAUAUUUCCGUGCGUUGAGGUACGGUGCGGAUCAGAUUGAUUUGUGAUGGAGUGGACACGGAUAAGUACGGAGCAGUACAUCUUAGUACGGAAAAAAUGGUGAGAAAUGGGGAACAAAAAGAUACAGGACGCGAAUAAGUACGGAUAGGUACGGCGUACUACGUUGAACUACGUUUUACUGCGCCUGACAACUAGCCCAGCGCGUUGACGGAUCUGCGGUGAACUACGUUGAACUACGCUUAAGUACGGACAGCCUCGGAUAACUACGUUAACCUACGGAUCAAUACGCAUGACUACGUUUGCAUUAAGGUUUAGUAACGGGUCCGUAAGUUUCAUAUAAAUAGGUCACGUUUAGCCAGCGUUUUCAUUAUGAUUAUCUUUUACAUCAUGUAAAACUACGGCAAGGUACGUUUCAGUACAGGUAACUACGUUUAAUAUAUUUAACUACGGAUGAAUAAGUUUCGACCAAGUUGGACUAAGUCACGCUCAAAUGGCCACGGAUCGCUCAAACUUUUGUGCAUGUUCAAAAGUUGGAGAAAUGUGCAAGUUUGGAGUACGUCUUGAAUACGUUUUGACCAAGUGUUAAUACGGAUUGAUACGGAUUACUACUUUGAGGUACGGCACAGGUACGGAUCGAUAUGGAUUACUACGUUUCUAUCCGUGGCUAAACGUAGCUAUCCACGCCGUAUGUGUGACUGGGGUAUUACUUAGUUACGUCCCCAUAUGACCUAUCAUGUGUCGGUGCGACGUUAAAUCCAACAAAAAAAAAAAAAAAAAGUUAUGUCCAUCCAUUUUUCUUUAUCAUUCAUUUAAUACUGUUCGACUGGACAGUCUCUUCCUCUUCCUCCACAAACUCUCCCCUUUUCUUCAUGAAUACACGGUGUGUUACUGUCUUUGCUUUAAGUUCAGUCUGGGUCUCUUUGUCCAUUUUUGGGGCUACAAAUGCAUUGAAUGGCGUUAUUCCCUGAAAGCUCAGUGGCUGCAACCUAGAUGGCUGUCCUCCAUACGGCAGAGCAGGCUCAGUUGAUUUUCUCAGUGGUAUAAAAGUCUGCUCAAUUUUCCUUCUGCACUGGUUUAUGCACCAUUUUUUGUGGUGUUUCAUCUUCAGAAUCCUCAUCAGACGUUAAGCUAGUGUGCUCGCUUUCCCCAUCUGUUCCUUGAUUUGAAGCUGCCUCUUCCCCAAUAAGUUCUCUUGGAUCUGAGUACCUUUCCAAAUCAUCAGGAAUGGUGAUUGUUUCCAUUGGUUUGGUACUUUGUUGAGAGCAUUCUGCUUUGUUAGUAUUCUCCUGAGGCUGGGGGUCAUUCCUUGCUUCAACUGCUUCUGGAUGCUUGGACUUCAUAUGCCCGUUCAGAGAGGCUGUUUUGUCGGUUUGAUACUGGCAAAGGCCACACUGUUUCAUUUUUCUUGCGGACUCUUUUACACAGUUGACAAUGUGCGACAUGAGCUCUUCCUCCCUAGAGUAGCUAAAGGAGUUGCACAUCGGACACCUAGGCUGUGGUUGCUUGUCCCUCUUCCUUUCUGUCGUUUUUGUUUUUGGCAUCCUGUCAAAUAGAUUAGUACUGCCAUGAGCCUUGAGAAUAGUGACAUUAAAUUUGGAGCAAACAUAUACAUAUUACUUAUUCAAUAUUAUUCAUUAUAUAUAUAUAUAUAUAUAACAUUUAAGACUAUAUCUUCAUGAAACUUAAAUUUCAUACAAGCACCCUCAUUAUUUAUGAAAUAAGUUUCCAGACACCUGUUAACUCUUGGUCGCAUUUUGUUUGCUGUAACAUAGUGCGGAAUAUAAUGCCAGGACCUCCUUGGUAGAAUCUGAGACCAAAUAAACUUUGUGUUUGGCAUCAUCCAAACGACUCCAGAUCCAAGGUCAUUUCUUCCACAAUGAAUAAUCAGAACUUCUGGUAGCAUAUUGAAAGUCAAUAGGUAUUGCACAGUAUCAUAUAAGUCACAAAUUACCAUCCCACUGACGCUUUCCCAUAAAACUUUAAAGAAAUUACCUAGGCCAAAUCCACAUUGGGACGUAAAUAAGCUGCCUGUUGUGCACCUUUGACGAGUGAGUCACCUAUUAUCAAUAUAUUUCGGGUCUUGACUUCCACUAUUAUUAAGUUAAAAAAAAUAGGGAUGGCAAUGGUUAACCGAGUACUCAUUCAGUGUUCAGAGUAUUGAUUAUGAAAUUUAGUAAUCGAGUACUCAAAAAAAAAAAUUAAAAGAAGAAAAGACUAAAAACUAGGGAUGGCAACAAGUACUGAUUUUGGUACUCGAGUACUUGCCGAUUUUUUCGAUCGAGUACUCGGUUCCUCGUUAAAAGUGGUUUCCAUAACCUGAUAGGUGGUAUUUAGCGUUUGUUCACAACUUCACUACUACAGGGAGAUAAUUCAAAGUCAUUAGUUAUUUCACCAUGGCUCCCUUAAGCAAAGAUUUUGUGAUCGUCCGUGCGUGCGUCCGUGCGUAAACUUUUGCUUGUGACCACUCUAGAGGUCACAUUUUUCAUGGGAUCUUUAUGACAGUUGGUCAGAAUGUUCAUCUUGAUGAUAUCUAGGUCAAGUUCGAAACUGGGUCAUGUGCGGUCCAAAACUAGGUCAGUAGGUCUAAAAAUAGAAAAUCCUUGUGACCUCCCUAGAGGCCAUAUUUUUCAAUGGAUCUUCAUGAAAAUUGGUCAGAAUAUUCACUUUGAUGAUAUCUAGAUCAAGUUCGAAACUGGGUGAAUUGCGGUCAAAAACUAGGUCAGUAGGUCUAAAAAUAAAGAAACCUUGUGACCUCUCUAGAGGCCAUACUUUUCAAUGGAUCUUCAUGAAAAUUAGUCAGAAUGUUCACCUUGAUGAUAUCUAGUUCAAGUUCGAAAUUCGGUCAUGUGCCUUCAAAAACUAGGUCAGUAGGUCAAAUAAUAGAAAAAACCUUGUGAGGCGAUAUUUUUCAUGGGAUCUGUAUGAAAAUUGGUCUGAAUAUUCAUCUUGAUGAUAUCUAGGUCAAGUUCGAAACUAGGUCAACUGCGGUCAAAAACUAGGUCAGUAUGUCUAUGUCGUCCGUGUGUCAGUGCGUAAACUUUUGCAUGUGACCACUCUAGUUUAAGAUCCAGCCUUGAAAUUUGGAUGAUAUGUACAAUUUUGCACACCAAUCUUUAAACUGUCUUUCAGUGACCAUAAAUGUGACUAGUGAUCUACUUUCUAAUAUUUUAGCAUCAGUUUGCCAUUUGAAACAUGUGGUUCAAUAUACUCAGGUGAGUGAUUCAGGGUCAUCAUGACCCUCUUGUUUUAUUGUUGGUGCUAAACUUUGUGCUAAAAGGAAAACUCUAGAAUGUAAAACCAACACAGAUAACAGUUUAACAAAUAUCGUUAUUCUAUUUAUCGGCGAUUAAUAAAAUGCAAAGACGAACUUCUGCAGCAAACUGCAAAGUCGGAAAAAAAUUGGACUGGUUUACCUUUUAAAUUAUAAAGGAUAUGUUCUUUAUGAUGUAACCCUAAUCUUAACGUUUGUACACGGAUGUGGUAUGAUUUUUUAAUUGUUUAUGAUUUAAGUGGUACUGCAGUAAGUGGCAUAAUUGCAAUUUACGCGAUCAUGAUUUUGCAAACACGUGUUACUUGUCAGGGUUCAUUGACCCUUGUGCAUCAAUUCACACCUUUGUGUUUGUUUAAUCUGGGUAAUUGAUCGAAAAGAUGACAUAUGGGCACUUUGGUGUCGUUCAAACGGCCGCAUUAAAAUUGAUGUGUUUCUAUUUUUUUAUUUUUUUGUUUUUACAAGUACUCGACUACAACUACCCAGAUUAUACCAAAACGAAGGUGUGCAUUGAUACACAAUUGUCUAUAAUGACCCCUGACAGGUAACACGUGUUUUCAAAAUGAUCACUGUUAUUAUGCGGCUUAUUGCAGUACGGCUUUUAUCAUAUACAGUUAGAAAAUCACAACACACCAGUCCUGUGUGCAAAUGUUAAAAUUAAUGGUACCUCAUAAAAAGCAUAUCCAUUUAACUAUAAUUUGAAAAGUAAACCAGUCCAAUUUUAUGCCUACUUCGCAGUUUGCUCCAGAAGUUCGGCUUAGCGUUUUAUUAGUUGCUGAAAUAUAGAAUAAUUAUGAUAUUAAAUAAGCUGUUAAAAACUCAAUUUACGUAUGUUUUGUGUUUUGAUAUUUUGAUUAUUUUACGUUAUUACAUGGAGGUAUUAACGGAUCGCGAUAAUUUUAUUUUAACGGUACUUGGUAAAAUCCAAAAACCUGUAAAGCAGGUAUAUUGUCUGAUAAGUGGUGUUAAUUUGUAUGAUGUAGUAUUCUUAACUCUAAAAAUGACGUGUUACUCCAUAACAGAUUUGUAGUCCAGUGGAUAUUGUAUCGGACUUCUACUUUUUAUGUUUGUAUGGUGUAUUUUGUCUUUUGUAUUUAUUUUUUCUUUCAUUGUUUUUUUUUUAUUUAUUUGUUUAUUUAACUUACCGUUCAUGUCAUGACAUACGGUAUAUAUAUACAGAAGUUCAUUAAAAAAGCACUAUCGGUAUCUGAGUAGUCAUCCUGCUCGCUAGCAGUGUCUGUAGCCACUGACCUCAGUGAUGAAAUGCUCACAUGAGUCGUUAUAAAUAUGUUACUGAUAUGUUUUAAACAUAACAUUUUAUUAACCUUCUUAAUGUCUUUAACAAUCGCAACUUUGGUUUCAUAUUCCUUGUGAGAGUUUUCUUUAUUCAUUUUGCAAUGUUGAUAGAUUCAAUGUCUAUUCUAAUAUGAGAUCCUCUGCAAAAUGUCAAUAAGUACUCAGUAUAAGUUACCUGUAUUCCUUCUCCUGGUGAAAACAUGAUAGAAAAAUAAAAAAGUAGCUCAUACUGUAUUUGAACCAGCACCGUAAGCUUACAAAUCAUAUGUGUUAACCACUAGAGCAAGAUGCAUCUUACAUCGGUUUUGCAAUAUAUGAUAUUUGUCAUAUAAUGUGUCUACCUGAUUCCCUAUUUCAAUGUUAUGGGUUAAUCCGGUAUUAGUAAAUAAAGGUCACAGUUAUCGCGUUUUGUUAAUAAAAAGUUACUUGUUAUAUAUCAAUAAUCUGUUAUCAUCUGUGCUGGUUUUACAUUUCUUGAGUAAACCUUGUGAACAGUUAAGAAACCAACGGAACCAAAACUGAUGGAUUCAAAACAUAACCGAUUGUUAGAAUUAUGUAUUACACCAAAUUUAACAAUAUUUUAGUUAUGUGACGACGGAGUUACCAACAAGUAACAUUAUAAUUUAAUAUAGAAAAAUCGAGAAAUUCACAACACUCCUACCAUAAAAUAUGAAAACUCAAAAUUCUCUAAUGUAAUACAGUCAGUAAGCACAGUACUGCUUACUUAAAUAUAUAAGUUGUUUCUAUACAAAAUACACCAAAGUAAGUGCAUUAUAAUAAUUAAUAUAAUAUCAGAUAUAAACAAUUAUACAUUAGGUAAUUUCAGUAGUGAGAGAUGUCAACAAAAGUGUUACUUGUCAAUUAAAUAAUUCCCAGUGUUGAAAGACGUCUACAAAUACCAGUCAAUUUGUUUCAUAGUUCCAAGAAUCAAUGCUAGUAUCCAUUUGCUUGUGAAUAUUCAGUGUAAGUGAAAAUCUUUCUUAUGGUGUACGUCCAAUAACAAACGUGUCGUUUUGUUGCCAUUUCCCUGCAGAUUUGUUGCUCGACUUCAUCAUCAUCAUCAUCAUCAUCAUCACUUAUUAUGCCCCGCUUCAAAGAAGGAGGGGUUUAUUGUUUUCAGAUGUCGGUGAGUAGGUCGGUUUGUAUGUAGGCCAAUCCAUUUCCGGAUGAUAACAGUUACUCAAGAAUGUUUGGGUCUAGGAUCAUUAAAGUUGAUGGGGAGGUAAGUCAUAAUCAGCAGAUGACCCCUAUUGAUUUUGAGAUCAGUAGGUCAAAGGUCAAGGUCACAAUGACCCAGAACAGUUAAAGGUCCAAUACUAAGGAAAGUGAACAUUUUAAUUUCUUUUAAAAAGCACAGAAACUAUUUCAUUUUAUUGGAAAAUGAAAGUUGGUAUGUAGAAAUUCGAAAUAAAUCACAGUAUAUGUACAAUUAUUUUUCUAUGAAGUAUGAAGAAAGUUAAAAAGACCUGGGGGGGUCAUUCUGUCGAUUCAUUGAAAUUUCAACAUAAUACACAUACAUUUCUUUGAGUUCCAAAAACCUUCUGUAAAUUUUGACCUGCCAAUCUUCAUUAUUUAGUGUCUUGCAGAAGUCUAUGCACUGGCUAUGAAAAAAAUUGCCAACUCACUUUCCCUUAGUAAUGGACCUUUAAAUGAUGUCCAGAUGAUAACUCAAGAACGCUUGGGGCUAGGAUCAUGAAAGUUGAUAGGGAGGUUGGCCAUGACCAGCAGAUGACCCCUAUUGAUUUUGAGAUCUGUAGAUCAAAGGUCACAAUGACCCGGAACUGUUAAACGGUUUCCGGAUGAUAACUCAAGAAUGCUUGGGCCUAGGAUCAUGAAAGUUGAUAAGGAGGUUAGUCGUAACAGCAGAUGAUCCCUAUUUAUUUUGAGACCAGUAGGUCAAAGGUUAAGGUCACAAUGACCCGGAACAGUUAAAUGAUGGUAACUCAAGAACGCUUGAGCCAAGGAUCAUGCAAGUUGAUAGGGAGUUUGGCCAUGACCAGCAGAUGACCCCUAUUGAUUUUGAGGUCUGUAGGUCAAAGGUCAAGGUCACAGUGACCUGAAACAGUUAAACAUUUUCCGGAUGAUAACUUAAGAGCGCUUGGGCCUAGGAUCAUGAGACUUGAUAAGGCGGUUGAUAAUGAUCAGCAGAUGAUCCCUAUUGAUUUUGAGGUUAGUAGGUCAAAGGUCAAGGACACAGUGGCUCGGAACAGUUAAACGGUUUCCAAAUGAUAACUAAAGAACUCAUGGGCCUAGGAUCAUGAAAGUUGAUAGGGAGUUGAUCAUGACAAGCAGAUGACUUUUAUGUUGCUUGGUUGCACGAACCCGAAUAACCAUGUAUAAUAAUCAGAAUAAACACAGCACAUGUGUGAAAUGAGUCUUUAAUAUUGCAGAUUCAGCUCAUUAACUAAACCGGAUAUACGGUCGGUUACAUCGUGAGAACAACACAGUGUGAAACGCCUUUAAGUAUCAAAGUACUAACAUUACUUAACUAGUCACUGGAUACAACAAUGACCCUUAUUGAUUUUGAGGUUAGUAGGUCAGAGGUCAAGGUCACAUUAAACCCAGAACAGUUAAAUCAUUUCUGGGCAAUAACUUGAGAACGCUUAAGCCAAGGUUUACGAAACUUAAUUGGGAGAUUGAUCAUGACCAGAAGAUGACCCUAUUGAUUUUUAGGACAAUAUGUCAAAUGUCAAGGUCACAUUGACCCAGACUAGUAGAACUUUUGUGUACAAUGACCAAAUAAUUUCUGUUCCUUGUGCAGUUACUGAGUGCAUCAAGGGGGGCAUGUUGUGUUCUAAGAGCUCUUAUUAUUUUAUCGAUAUUACUAUCCUCAUUUUCACCUUCCUUUUCAGAAAGCAUGCAUCGAUUUUCUUCAUCACUACUAAUUCCACUUGCAGCACUAUUUACAUCAAUUUCAUCAACCACAUCACUAACACACUUGUAACUUGGGAAACAUUUACACUAUCAUUUCCUCUUACUAGAAAUUUCACAUUUUCAUCAUUGCUCCCCAAUGAUACGUCGCUGUAUUCAGGAAUGGUAAUAUUUUCUGCAGCACUACCUUGCACAAUUUCAUCAAAAAGACACUUAAAUUUCACUUUCCAUUCUUCUUCUUAAAAUUUGGUCCUAAAUACAUUCAUGCAGACAGAAGCUAUAGUAACUGACUAUAGCUGAAUCAAAUGGAUCUAUGGCCUGUACUAACUCUUCUUCUUCCUGUCUUUUUGCGUUGAUUUCAAACUGACUUUCACCCGUAGCACCCAUAAGUAAUUCUCUAAAUUUUAAACACGCUCUCAAAAUAUCAACAUCACUUCUACAAUAUUCCAACAUCUCUUUUCUAAAAUCAAAGAGAUCAUUCUUUCUCUCAUUCAGCCAUGUUAACAAAUCAGCUCUCUCUUUCUUGCUGAUAAAAUCAUGCCUCAGGGUAGAGUCUUACAUAAUUUUGGUUUUCUUUUGUAUUAAGAUAAUGAGGGAACCAUCCCUUUUUCAAUUCAUCUAAUCCAAAGGCUUUUGGUAACGCAGAUAAUUUCAUGGGUAAAAAAUUGAGACUGUCAAUCACUUUGAUAUGCAAAUGCUAUAAAUGAUUUUGUUGGGUCUAAGGGAUUUGUCUAUGAGAUAUUCUAAAAGGAAAUAACCCUCGUAGCCUGUCAUAUUGUGGGCAACUAUUUUAAAAUAUUGAUGUUGAUCAGAAAACAACCAUUCGCCAAAUUUUUCUGCAGUAUCCGUUCCUUCAAACGUGACUUCUCUUAAAACGCAUGUUCCUGGGCAUGGUCCUUCAUCUUCGUUAUCAGGCAAGUCAGAGAUGUCACAUUCUUCGCAACGGGUACUGCAAUUUUUACAUACAGACUCUGGCAUUAAUUCUUUAUCAAUGCACUCCGGACAAACAGUAUGGGCCACUACAAAGUUUGGAUGAUGCAUGGUUUUACCGCACCAUGACCUUUUACAGUUUGGAGCAAGAUUCACAUACCUGUUGGGAUUGGCAGUCUUUACAAUCAUUUUUAGCUCGACUAUUUGAAGAAUAAGUAGAGCUAUCCUACUCACCACGGCGUCACACCUUUGUUAAGUUUUUCGUCCCAGGGUUUUUUCUUUCUGAUUUGGGAACGUAGCCUAUACCACAAAUAUUGGGAAUUUUGACGCCUAAAUGUUCCAAAUUGGGAAAUAUUUAGUCCCAUAGGAUAUAGUAAGAAUGUGUUUAAGUACUUUCUCAUACACUUGUUUCACAUUGUACAACGUCUUUAACAUACUGUUAUUACAAUAUUGUCCAUUAUUUGGUCGAUGUUUGUGCAAUUUUGAUAAAAUUUUUCUUCAGAAUGUUGAUUGGGAAUUUUUGCACUAAUUUUGGGGAAAAUACAUACUUUUUGGCAUUAGGAAUAUAGCCCAAUAACGGCUAUAAAAACGGCCAAAAAAAACCCUGGUACCAGUCCACAGUCCACAGUCUUUUGAGAUAAAGCUUUGAAACUUUCAACACUUGUUUACCAUCACCAUGUCCAGUUAUAGGCAAGAGUACAUAACUUUGUCAAGGAUUUUGGCUGAAUUAUGGCCCCUUUCGACUUAGAAAUCUUGGUUAAGUUUUUCAUACCAGUUCAUAUUUUGACAAAGUCUUUUGAGAUAAAGCUUUGAAACUUUCAACACUUGUUUACCAUCACCGUGGUUAGUUAAAGGCAAGAGCACAUAACUCCAUCAAGGAUUUUGGCUUAAUUAAGGCCCUUUUUGACUUAGAAAUCUGGGUUAAGUUUUUCGUACCAGUUCAUAUUUUGAUAAAAUCUUUGAAGAUAAAGCUUUGAAACUUUCAACACCUGUUUACCAUCACCAUGUCCAGUUAUAGGCAAGAGUACAUAACUUCAUCAAGGAUUUUGGCUGAAUUAUGGCCUCUUUUGACUUAGAAAUCUUGGUUAAGUUUUUCGUACCAGUUCAUAUUUUGUGUAAAGUGUUUGACAUGGCUUUGAAACUUUUAUCACUUGUUCAGUAUAAUAGUCUCUAUCUGUAGGAAAGAGUACAUAACUCUGUCAUAUAUUUUGGCUGAAUUGUUGCCCUUUUUGGACUUGGAAAUUGGUUCUGAUUUCAUACAAGUCCACAUUUUGUCAAAACUAUUUGACAUAUGGCUUUUAAACUUUGAACACUUGUUUAUCAUCAUGAUUUCUAUCUUUAGGCAAGAGUACAUAACUCUGACAACUAUUUUGGCUGAAUAAUGGCCCUUUUUGGUCUUUGAAAUUGGUUCACACAUUGCCAUUUAGUGCAAGACUUAUCGAAAUCCACAAAUACAAGAACAUUGUUUGUCUAAUGUAUUCUUUUUCUUUUGUCUGAAUAUCUGUAGAAAUAUUUUGACCCCAUUCUUCAAUCAAUUCUUUGAAUAGUUGAGCAUGCUGUCAUCCGACAGCUCUUGUUUUCUAUUGGGUACAUAUCCAUUUUCACACACUGAUGUUUCCACCUGACUACACUCAAAGUCAAAAAUAUAAACUUUGGAAUGUGAUUGUCUUUGGCUGGGGUGGCUCUUAAGUAACACAAAAUUAAUGUCCUUCAAAUACAUAUUUGUUACACAAACUGCUACAUAUAUACUCUCCGCAUUGGUGUUCUUCUUUCUUUCGUUGAUCCAAUCUUAAAACUUGGUAGCAUAAAGGACACUUCCACCAUUUGUUGCAUUGUGAGGUUCCACUGGGUUUUCCUUUAUUUUUUCCUGUAUUAUGUAUUGGUAUUUGUUUAUGUUUUUGAUAGCAUUCUUCUGAUCCACAGUCCAUAUUACAAUCUCCGCAAGUCAAUUCAUUUUCCGUUUUGUGGUAUUGGUCUCUUUUGCAGAUGAUACAAUGUGUUUUGAGUUGGUGUCUUUUUUCGUUACUGUAAUGUUUGAGGCAUUUUUGGCAAAAAUAUAUAGUGCUAAAGAAGCCCGUUAUACUGGUGAUGUUGUGAAAGUGAUUGUCCGAAUCAGAUCCAUAAUAUUUAACCUCAGGGUAGAGUCCUACAUAAUUUUGGUUUUCUUUUGUAUUAAAAUAAAGAGGGAACCAUCCCUUUUUCAAUUUAUCUAAUCCAAAGGCUUUUGGUAACGCAGAUAAUUUCAUGGGUAAAAAAUUGAGACUGUCAAUCACUUUGAUAUGCAAAUGCUAUAAAUGAUUUUGUUGGGUCUAAGGGAUUUGUCUAUGAGAUAUUCUAAAAGGAAAUAACCCUCGUAGCCUGUCAUAUUGUGGGCAACUAUUUUAAAAUAUUGAUGUUGAUCAGAAAACAACCAUUCGACAAAUUUUUCUGCAGUAUCUGUUCCUUCAAACGUGACUGCUAAAAACGCAUGUCCCUAGGCAUGGCCCUUCAUCUUCGUUAUCAGGCAAGUCAGAGUUGUCACAUUGGUCACAACGGGUACUUCAGUUUUUACAUACAGACUCUGGCAUUAAUUCUUUAUCAAUGCUCUCGGGACAAAGAGUAUUAGCCACUACAAAAUUUGGAUGAUGCAUGGUUUUACUGCACCAUGACCUUUUACAAUUUGGAGCGAGAUUUACAUACCUGUUGGGAUUAGCAGUCUUUACAAUCAUUUUUUUCUAUUGGGUACAUGUCCAUUUUCACACACUGAUGUUUCAUCCUGACUACACUCAAAGUCAAAAAUAUAAACUUUGGAAUGUGAUUGUCUUUGGCUGGGGUGGCUCUUAAGUAACACAAAAGUAUUGUCCUUUAAAUACAUAUUUGUUACACAAACUGCUAUGUAUAUACUCUCUGCAUUGGUGUUCUUCUUUCUUUCAUUGAUCCAAUCUUAAAACUUUGUAGCAUAAAGGACACUUCCACCAUUUGUCGCAUUGUGAGGUUUCACUGGGUUUUCCUUUAAUUUUUCCUGUGUUAUGUAUUGGUAUUUGUUUAUGUUUUUGAUAGCAUUCUUCUGAUCUACAGUCCAUAUUACAAUCUCCGCAAGUCAAUUCAUUUUCCGUUUUGGGGUAUUGGUCUCUUUUGCAGAUGAUACAAUGUGUUUCGUGUUGGUGUCUUUUUAGCUCACCUGAGCACAAAGUGCUCAGGGUGAGGUAUUGUGAUCACUCACCGUCCGUUGUACUUCCAUCCGUCGUCUGUCCACACUUCCCUUUAAACAACAUCUCCUCCUAAACCAACAGGCCAAUUUUGAUGAAAUUUCACAGGGAUGUUCCUUGGAUGGUCUUCUUUAAAAAUUAUUCAAAGAAUUGAAUUCCAUGCAGAACUCUGGUUGCCAUGGCAGCCAAAAGGAAAAACUUUAAAAAUCUUCUUCUCAAAAACCAGAAGCCCUAGAGCUUAGAUAUUUGACAUGUAUCAUUGCCUAGUGGACCUCUACUAAAGUUGUUCAAAUCAUGACCCCAGGAUCAAAAUUGACCCUGCCCCAGGGGUCACUUGAUUUUACAUAGAUUUCUGUAGGAAAAUCUUCAAAAUUUUUUUAAAAAAUAAACCAGAAGGCCUAGAGCUUAGAUAUUUGACAUGUAGCAUUGCCUAGUGGACCUGUACAAAACUUAUUCAAAUCAUGACCCCUAGGGUCAAAAUUGACUCCGCCCCAGGGGUCACUUGAUUUUACAUAGGAAAAUCUUCAAAAAAAUUCUAAAAAUAAACCAGAAGGCCUAGAGCUUAGAUAUUUGACAAGUAGCAUAGACUAGUGGACCUCUACAAAAUUUGUUCAAAUCAUGACCCCGGGGUCAAAAUUGACCCAACCCCAGGGGACACUUGAAUUUACAUAGGAAAGUUUUCUAAAAAUAAACCAGAAGGCCUAGAUCUUAGAUAUUUGACAUGUAGCAUUGCCUAGUAGACUUCUACAAAAUUUGUUCAAAUCAUGUCCCCGGGGUCAAAUUGACUCUGCCCCAUGGGGUUACUUGAUUGUACAUAGAAAAAUCUUCAAAAUGUUCUAAAAAUAAACCAGAAGGCGUAGAACUAAGAUAUUUAACAUGUAGCAUUGCCUAGUGGACCUCUACAAAAUUUGUUCAAAUCUUGACCCCCCCCCCCCCCCCCCCCCAGCCCCAGGGGUUACUUGAUUGUACAUAGGGAAAACUUCAUGAAUUUGCUAAAAAUAAACCAGAAGGCCUAGAUCUUAGAUAUUUGAUAUGUAACAUUGCCUAGUAGACUUCUACAAACUUUGUUCAAAUCAUGACCCCUGAGGUAAAAUUGGCCCCACCCCAGGGGUUACUUGAUUGUACAUCGGAAAAUCUUCCAAAAAAUUUCUAAAAAUCAUCCGUUUGACAUUUGAAACAUGUAGCUCAUAUUUCUCAGGUGAGCGAUCCAGGGUCAUCAUGACCCACUUGUUUUGUUAUUGUAAUGUUUGAGGCAUUUUUCGCAAAAAUAUAUAGCCCUGAAGAAGCCCGUUAUACUGGUGAUAUUCUCAUGUGAGGAAGCCAUCCAGCUGGCUUACGGAAGGUCGGUGGUUCUACCCAGGUGCCCGCUCAUGAUGAAAUAAUGCACGGAGGGGCACCUGGGGUCUCCCUCCGACAUUAAAGCUAGAAAGUCGCCAUAUGAUCUAUCAUGUGUCGGUGCGACAUUAAAUCCAACAAAAUAAAUAAAAUAUACUGGUGAUAUUGUGAAAGUGAUUGUUGUCCACUAAGUAUAUGUAGAUACAGGGGAGCUCAUUUGUACUGGGAUUUGUAAUGAAUUUGUUGCCCACCAUCAUGCACACUCCCAAGACUUCUUCAAACUCAAUUAUAUCUUCUAAACUCACUUACAAUUAUCACUUUAAAAAGACACACAAAAGGAUCAAAUGCCGGUAUGUUCAGCAGAGCCGCAUCCCCGUCUGUAGAAUGUACAGGGAUUUCCAUGGAAAAGAACAUGGAAUUAUUCCAUGGAGUAUCAGAGUAGGAUUCCAUGGAAAAAAUCCAGUGUUCCAUGGAAAAUUUGAAUAGUAGUACCCCUGGAAAUAUUCCCUGAUACACCUGGAAAUAUUCCCUGGUUCACCUGGAAAUAUUGCCUAGUAUCCCUGGAAAUACUCCCUGGAAAUAUUCCCUGGUUCACCUGGAAAUACUCCCUGGAAAUAUUCCCUGGAAAUAAUCCAUGG